GGAUCUACACAACUUGACAACAAACAUACAUGCACUUAUUCACAAUAGUCAUGUCCCAAAUCAUAGAGUAUUGAGUUCAAUGACAUUGUUAUCGGUUGUGCUUUUUGCUGUUUGCCAACUAAAAAUCCCAUCACUUUAACUGAUUAGGCGCGUACGGAAAGACAGAAUAAAUAGGACAUGAGUCAGCAAUACACAAACGAGGCUUACCAAAAGGAUCCGGCAGACAAAGAGUACAACAUAUGCAGAAGCGAGGUUCCGACGAACGAGACGAUUCAGAAGACAUCACAUGACUCCGAAAGCACGGGAAUAGCCGAUGUUAGGCUAAGACCUAAAACGACAACAACAACGACACAGAAAAUACGAGAAUCCAACAUAUGGGACGUCUUCAGGGAGACAUCACAGGAUAACGUGACGUCAAGUGACCUUGACUUCUGGAAGAUGACUUUCAAGGUAACCAAGGUCGUUUUCGCCGGCGUCCUGUUCGUCUUAGUGCUCGGAACCGCCGUCAUCUCUAAGGGGACGCUGUUCCUUGUCGUCUCCAACAUUUUCCCGCCAAUAGCUCUUCAGAACUCGAGCCUGAAAACGGUAAACGGGCACUUCCGAUACCAAACCACAGAAACUUCGAUCUGGUACAUCUGGUCCCUGGUUUUGAUUCUCCUGGCUCCCUAUGUCUUCACUAUUAUCUCAUGCCUAUGGCGAAUCACCUUCAAGAAAAAACGUCCGAUAGAAAUCAAGCCUUUGUUUUUGAUGCUCGUGACGGAGACUGUGCACUCAGUCGGCCUUAGUCUCUUCCUGUUUGGCCUGCUGCCAAAUCUAGACCCGGUUUCCGGUUCCGCUUUUUGCUUGAGCACAGCUCUUAUUCCCGCCAUACUUAAUCUCGUAUAUCCAGAAAGUUCACAAAGCGAAUCAGACAACUCGAAAUGGAAACUCGUGCGCCGCGUGGUUUCAUUGGUUGCCAUGGUCACCAGCGUUUUAUCCAUAGCGUUCUGGGCAGUGUACGUUCAUAGGAUGGAGGAGGCGUGGGAGAAGCAUAACCCCGGCCUACUCAUAUUGUUCAUACUCGCUCCAAUUUUUGUGUCCAUCACAUGGUGGGCGAAUUUUGUACCAAAGGGAGACGAUGAGUCCAUCGGCUUAAAAAACAUAAAGCGCAAACUCCACAAAUGCAAUACCAAGGUCUAUUUGAUCGUGUACACGUGGAAAAUCGUCGUCACGAUUGCCGUGGUUACUAUCAUCUACAGCAUCGAAUGUGUCAACGGAAAAAGCUGCAUCGAAACUCUCUAUGGCGCCAGACUCAACGCGACGCUGGUGUCGGGGACGUUUGGAAAGACGUUGUUUGUCGAGAACGACGUGUAUGGCGAGUGUCCGACGUACCUACCGCUGCAGGUCGCCGCCGUGAAUAUAGUGUCUAGCUAUGCGUGCUACAGGUGCUGUGUCGCAGCCAACAAGAUCCUCACUCAGAUCCCGAGUUUCUCGCUGCCUCUCGUUCUGGCCACGCCCAUCUUGAUUACAAUCAUGGCCGCCGGGUUCUCGCGAAACGAGCUAUCCAUGACCACAGGUUGUUACCUGCCUUUUCCAAAAUGGACGGAUGGACUCGCCUACGAUUGGUCAAUGAUCAUGGCGAGCAUAAUGGGAUAUAUGACAAUUAUAUUGGUGACUUCUUACAUUUGGCGGCAGACGAAGGAGCGCAUGAAACAUAAAGAUCGAAUAUUCGUUCAGCCGAUGUACUGCGGUGUUCUAUUGGACCAGUCGAUGCUCCUUAAUAGACGGAAAGAGUGGGACACUAAGGCGAUCGACGUCAAGAUCAACCAGUUGGACAUGUCUUUAUUAGAAACCCCGGAGAACGGGUUCCUAGGGAAAGACUCUCAGAGCCCUCUGCGAAAAGAUGACACACCCUUUAUUUACCUAUGCGCAACCAUGUGGCACGAGACCGAGAACGAGAUGACCCAGAUCUUGAAGUCUAUCUAUCGCCUGGAUGCUGACCAAGGCGAGCGGAGGAAUGUUCAGCUUUAUUUCAAUAUUUGGGAUCCGGAUUAUUACGAAUUUGAGGCUCACAUUUUCUUUGAUGACGCGUUUAAUUACGAAGACGGAGAGUCAAGAGUCAAUGAUUACGUGAAACAACUGAUGAAGACAAUUGAUGACGCAAUCAGUUCCGUCAACAUGAAGAUCCCGCCGCCCUACAUUAUCGACACGCCCUACGGGGGUCGGUUGGUUUGGCGACUGCCGUGGGGUAACCAGCUGGUUGCGCAUCUGAAGGACAAGCAAAAAAUACGUCACCGGAAGAGGUGGAGUCAGGUGAUGUACAUGUACUACUUCCUCUCCCACAAGCUGCUGUCGAUGGGCGGCGGACAGGAGCGAAUCCGAACAGUGGCCGAAAACACGUUCAUUCUCGCACUCGACGGCGACGUUGACUUCCAGCCUUCAGCGCUGCAGCUGCUAAUAGACCGGAUGCGGCGGAACCCUAACGUCGGCGCUGCAUGCGGCCGUAUACAUCCAAUUGGUUCCGGGCCUAUGGUUUGGUACCAGAAGUUCGAAUAUGCGGUGAGUCAUUGGCUUCAAAAGGCGACCGAGCACGUUCUCGGCUGCGUAUUGUGCAGCCCAGGAUGUUUCAGCCUCUUCCGGGGCUCCGCCAUCAUGGACGACAACGUCAUGAAGCGCUACACGACGCCACCUUCCGAGGGACGGCAUUAUGUGCAGUAUGACCAAGGAGAAGAUCGUUGGCUGUGCACGUUGCUACUCCAGCAAGGAUACCGCGUGGAGUAUUGUGCCGCCUCGGACGCUCUCACGUACGCACCGGAAGGUUUCUACGAGUUCUACAACCAGCGCCGCCGCUGGACUCCCUCCACCAUGGCGAACAUCCUUGACCUGCUCAUGGACUUCAAGAACGUCACCAAGCGCAACAACUACAUCUCCAUGCUCUACGUCUGCUACCAGAUGCUCCUCAUGGUGUCCUCCAUCCUCACGCCCGGAACCAUCUUCCUUAUGGUUCUCGGCGCAAUCAACAUGGCGUACCCUCAGCUGUCUCUCUACUGGGCCCUCGUACUCAAUCUGAUCCCUGUCACCACCUUUAUCAUUCUGUGUUUCGUUGCAAAGAGCGAUACUCAACUUGCAUUUGCCGCCAUCUUAUCGACGGUCUACUCGUUGGUGAUGAUGCUGGUGAUAGUUGGUCUCAUAAAGCAGGCGGCCGAGAACGGUUUCUGUUCCGUCACAACCGUCUUCAUUUGCUUUGUCGCUGGCGUUUUUAUCAUUUCUGCUUUCAUGCAUCCGCAGGAAUUUUGGUGUAUCGCUCACGGUUUCCUCUACUUCCUUGCUAUCCCCUCCAUGUCCAUGCUGCUGAUGCUCUAUUCCAUCGGGAAUCUGCACGUGGUAUCCUGGGGAACCAGGGAGUCACCGAAGCCCACCACAGGUGCGACGCUAGCUAAAAAAACAGACAAGUCUGUCAAAACCCCGCCCCUAAAGAAAGGGGCGGUGCAGGAAUGGCUAGAAAAGAUCGGAAUGGCCGACACAGAGGGGAAGUCGGGCUAUAUGUUUGCUUUCGGUAACCUCUUUAGGUGUAUGUGUUGUCCACAAGAGACGCCAGACAUCGGCGAAAUGAAACUGAGCGUCAUCUUGGAACGCCUGGAUGACCUUGAAGCUAAACUCGUUGACCCGCUUGCCGAUAACAUGACCACUGAAAACGAGUCGCGGGGUCACGUGACAUUUUCGGAACCAUCGGACUUGUUUGAAGGUGCCAACAACAAAAACGCAGACGACGUCAGCAACCGGACGCCACGCCCACCGCGCCACUGGACACAGGAUCCAUACUUUCGGGACAGCAUCCCCGAGAGCAUCCCAUUACCGGAAGUGGAGUUCUGGCGGGAGCUUAUCGAUACGUAUUUGUUUCCAAUGGUAGGAGAUUUAAAGCAACAAGAGAAAACACAGGCGGAACUGAUACAACUCAGGAACAAGGUGUCUCUAUUCUUCCUCCUCGUGAACGCGCUCUUCGUGACGAUCGUCUUCUCCCUUCAGCAAGUAAACGCCGACUCCGGCGGAAAUAUCUCUAUAAAGCUGCCGUGCGCCACCGGUAUCCGCGAGGCGUCCAUUGAGCCCAUCAGCAUCGCAUUCACCGCCGUGUUUGGGGUCCUUCUGGCCAUUCAGUUUGUAUGCAUGCUCAUUCACCGGAUAUCAACGUUCCUCCAAAUACUUUCAAUAACGGAAGUUGGACAACAUGUAUGCAAGCCGAAAUUCAAGCUGAACUCCAAAGACUCCGAUUUAACGUUCGAGCAAUCACUGGAAUUAGUUCGAAGCAUGCAGACGGAAAAAGACGACGACACUAAAGCUGACACCGCUGAUACCGACGAAGCCAGUUUGGCGCAGGAUGUGGCGCGCAAAAAAGAGCUGUGGUCUAAUCUCACCCUUCGGCGUCGAGAACAACAGUUCAGGCCGUUGAAUACUGUAUUGGAGGAAAACUUCAUGGAAGUACACCGCUUAGUGCAAGAAUUGGACACGCGUUCAUCCGUAAACCUCGCUGCCGGAAAUACUAUUGAGACCCUUGGAAUCACUACGACGUCAAUGGGAGAGGGAGAAUCACGGAGCCAAGAGCUGAAUUCCGUCCAGAGAGCGUUAAAAAGAAUGGGUAACAAGAGUUUCAACACAAUCGUCAAGAUGUCAAAGGACCCAAGAAUCAAAAGAUCUAUUAUGCAACGAGGCGAAGUCAUAGGCAAACGGCGUAUAGACAAUUCUACGUGUUAGACUGUUUCCAUGAGCAUUUCCGGCUACGAACAUCCAUAACAAAUUGACGACGAUGUUCAUGUCAGGUGGUCAUGGCAUAAUGAGUGCACUUAUUUUACAGCAUACGAAAAGAAUGUGAAAGCAAUUUUAAGUAUGAUUGUGAACAAUAAGAAAAAACUUAAAAGAGAAAACCAUAAUAGUUUAUUUCAUGAAUAGAAUUAUUGAGGCUAAUCCGUGACCAAAAACUUAAACGAAAACGAAAACUGCUGGACACAUGAACUAAUAGAACAUGUUUUGUACUUGUGUUUAUACCAACGCUUGAUGUGUGUAGAUUAAGCAAAUAUAACUCCCCUAUAAUAGCUGAAAUAAAUGUCACAUAAUUUAACCAUUAUGUAGAAACGUUAUUUAAGAAUAAUUUGUUUUAGUUAUAUAAAUCCUUCAUAAACAUUUAUUUCAUUUUAAAUGUAUAGUUAAGAUGGAAUCUCUUACCAGAUGUUUUUAAAAAUCAUCUUUUUAACGGUCUGUCGUUGAAUUCUACUUAAAAGUAUUAUAAUCACAAUGACAUGUUCUUGAUUAUGUUUCAUAUAUUGUAUUAAAAUGAUAAUAGGUGUAUAUCAUAUAGGGACUGGAAUAUAAUCGAGGUUUGUUGUAUCGACGUGUGCCCAUGUGUCAAUGACAGCGACUGCAUUGUCAUUGAUUUCAUUAUACUAACCAGAUGUUAUAGAAUAAUACAUUAUGACUUUU